CCCACAGUCGGGAGCGCAGGCGUUACAAGCCCCACAGUGGCCGUGGCCAGCUUUAAGUAGAGAGAGGGGGCGAAGCCAUCCCACGCCAGCAAACGCGCGAUGAGCUGAUUACCUCCUGAGCAGCAACGCGUGCGGGCGGCUGCGCGAAUCACACGCAGUCACCUGCGCGAAUCACACGCAGUCACCUGCGCGAAUCACACGCAAUCACCUGCGCGAAUGACACGCAAUCACCUGCGCGUUCACCUGCACCACAACCAAUGGAUCGACUUUGUCUCGUUCGGAUUUACAAAUUUGUAUUCUGCGUCAGAUUUUUCCGAGCAUAAUGAGUCGUAGAAUCGACGGAUGGCACAAACGCCCGCUCACGCGUUUUCCAGCGCAGAGGCGUGUCCAUCUACAGAUUAAUCGAUUCAUUAAUAACGAGCUCAUUGUAAAGUGGGUGCUGUGGUUUGCAACGAUCGCUAAUUGUAAUGAGCAAUUGAGAUGCGUUCAUAUUUUUUUAUGUGAAAUUCUCGCGGUGUUUGUCAUCGCAUUUUGUAAUCCGAGGUAUACAUUUUGUCACGGCACCCUGAAUUUUCAGUGACAGUGUUGUCUUAGCUCCGACUAUCUGUUUGCAUCGUAGCUGUGGGCCGUCUUUACGUUACAAGAUUAAAGUAUCAUUUGCAAGCGUGACCUGGUGCUCCAAAAUAACAAAAGCAUACCUUAUAUGUAUGUUAAACUUCUUUAGCACCGUACGGACCAAGUUCAACGUAAAUGCAAAAUAAAUUACGCUCUUUGUUAUUUUGGAGAACCAGGUCACGCUUUGCGAAUCAUAUUUUUAUUAUUCCACGGUCUCUUGAGUUGUCUUCACCUGGUUUAAACAACAUACAAUUCAAAGCCUCUAUUUGAACGCGAGCGGGUGGUGGCAAAUUGGCAAAUGGGAAGAAAACACACGCCUCGCGUAUCGAGUGAUUAUGGGAUAGCAGGGGGGGUAGACGCUGCCGUCAAUGGAGCGCUUGCUGCACGUCGACGUCACAAUUGCCGGCACGCGUUGCCGCUCGUUAAGAUGAUCAGCUCAUCGUGGACGAAGAUUGCUCUGCGAUUAAGGGUGGUUGUGGGCGUGUGAUAGCCUCGGCCCCCUCUCGCUACUUAAACCGCGGGGCACGUCCUCGUCUCCUGUAUCACCCGCACUCAGGGUUGUGGGCCCUCUGGUCUACUGCUGUGGUUGUUCCUGCCUGUUCAGGUCCGUCUCUCUCGGUAGUCCGUGGUGCCGCCUGAGCUGUUGCGGCUACAACUGCAGAGAGGAGAGGCGGCGGCUGCUUUGUGGAGCUCUCUCUCUCUCGACAUGGGGAUCGCGAUGAAGACUGCUUUGCUUGCGCUGUGCAGCCUCCUGCUAUGGACCGAGGGCUCCUCUGCAGCUGGAGCAGGCAAAGGCCGCUAUGAACACUCCAAGCACACGCGCGCCCACGACGUCUCUCUGCGCUGGGAUCGCUCUGGCGACGCGACAGACCCAGACGCGCUCCUGUACUCGUACGGCGUGGGUCUCACCACCGUCAACUGCAGCAGCGCCUCCAUGAGGGUGGCAGUUUCGAGGAUUCUACCAGACUUCUCUGCUCUCGGUGUGCUGCACGCCAAAGAGCCCAUGUCGUGGUACCUGGACAUUGACAACGGCACAGCGCAGUGGAGCAUUCCCGUGGCAGAUGCGAGCCAGGCCGGCUACACGUUUGAGUCUCAGCAGCUGACCCUGUCGGUAGCGGCGCUGUACACGGCAAGCGGGGUGUUCUACUCCCAGUUGGACAACACGUCCCUCUACUUCCUGGACCUGCGGAUGCGCUAUGGCCCCACCACCACGGUCAUCUACUUCCUCACGCCCAUGCUGUGCCUGGUGCCAAGCUACCUGCAGUGCAACGACACGAGCCUGGUGGUGACGGUGCCGCCACUGCCCGGCCCCCUGAAUGCGGUGAAGGUGGGCACCACCCCUGUGUACCCGGGCCUGUCCUCCGUGCCGGGGGUCGAGGUGCGGCUGGAGAACAGCGGCGGCCUCUGGGGGUUCGUGCUCUCGCUGCGUCGCACGUCGCCGCUCGUCAGCGUGGAGGCGUGUCCCAUGGGCCAGUCGAGCGGCGUGCGUCACUUCGCCAACAUGUUCAUGACCUUCACACACGCCUCGCGGCCACUUAACUUCCCACUGCUGCUGCGCUGUCCGUGUGUCGCCGUGCAGGACGACAUCAGCGCCGUCUGCAACGGCAGCUUCUUGCUCGCCGUAUUCGGGCCCCUGUACGGCCCCCCGCCGACCAUCGCGGUGCUGACCGUCGGGACCGUGUCCCUGCUGGACUCCACCACCCUGGAUCCCGCUCUCUACCGCUACAGCGUCGAUCUGAUGCCCAACGGCUCCUACUACCUCACCGUGUCUGCCUACCGCACUGCGCCUGGCGUUGUAGUGCAGUCUCAGGAACCCGGCCGCCGCCUCUACUCUGCGCUGUUCCGCACCGUGGUGGUUGACGGCUUGGGGAUCCGCCACGACUACAGCGUGGAGGCAUCGUGCCACAUGCCCUACACGCCAUCUGGCGUGGUGUCGUGCGGGCCGUCGUGGUUCGCCGUCACGCUGCAGCUCGCCGAGGUGCGAGACUUCACGCUGUUCGUGUCGGGAGUUCACGUGUCGGACCUGCUCGACCAGGGCUACAGCCUGACCAACUCCACCUCGGAGCUGCGCCUGCAGGUGGACUUCACGGCGCUCUACGUGGUGGUCAAGACUCUGCCGGACGGCUCGACGGAGAGGUCGCUACUGCUCACGCUGAGUAACUCCCUUGGAGCCGUGGAGGAGUACACCCUGGUGUGCACCACCAACACCGCAGAGUGCUCUACGGACGGGCAGAUGACGUUCGAGGUCUACGCGAGCAGCACGCGGCCCCCGCUGGAGCUGGCCACCGUGCACGUGCGUGACCCCUCCUGCCUGCCCGUCGUGGUGACCGCAGAGAAGGCCGUGUUCGUCGUCCCCCUGGACGCGUGCGGCACCACUCAGCAGAUGGUGGACGGCAAGCUGGUGUACGAGAACGAGGCCGUGUCUCUGAUGCGCGACUCCAUCCACGUGAUCAUCUCCCGCAGCAGCGAGUACAGAAUGAAGAUCACCUGCGAGUUCUCCGGGGACGACUUGCUGAUGCUGGGCGUGACCGUUCCCACGCUGUCUCCACCCAGCCCUGCGAACGGCGCCGGGCCCCUGGUUAUCGAGCUCACCAUGUUUCCUGAUGUUGACUACAUCGCUCCCUAUGUCACCGCUGACUACCCGCUUGUGCGCUUCCUCAGGGAGCCGCUGUUCAUCCAGGUGCAGCUACUGGCGCACCCCGACCCCGUGCUGGAGCUGCGUCUCGCCGACUGCUGGGCCACGUCUCAGCCCGACCCCAACUCCCUGCCCCAGUGGGACCUCCUCGUGUCCGGGUGCCCGUUCUCCGGCGACAACUACCUGAGCACCAUCCACACCGUGAGCCCCGCCUCGGUGCCACUGCACCUGAGGUUCAAGCGCUUCGAGGUGAAGACGUUCGUGUUCGCUGACCCAGCGCCGCUUGGAGCCCUGCGCGAUACGCUCUACUUCCACUGCAGUGCCACGGUGUGCGACUCCAACUCGGCCGAUUUGCCGCAGUGCGGACCUAGCAGCUGCUCCCCGUCGACGCGACGUGCCCGUGAAGAUGGGACACGUGCUGCCACGGACGAACUGACGCACAUUGCCAGCCUGGCCGGCCCCAUUAUGUUCUCGGAUGACGUUCACACAAAGUCUAGUCUGUCAGUCUCUGCAGAAGGUGGCGUGUGGCCCACAUGGUUCGUGGGGCUCGUGGCUACCGCCUGCUCCAUCCUCGCCCUCUCCAUCGCUGUGGCGUUGGUGGCCAAGCUGCUCCGCCGUGGCCACCAGGGCACAUGGAGGGCAGCAGCCAUGCGCAGCUGAACGCGGCGAUGGUCGCGGUGGCGAAUGCGGCACGGCCACCACCUGCGGCGUGCACUUGAAACAAACAUGAUUGGCAUCACGGCUUGUACCCGAUGCGAGAAAUAAAGAUGUUGUGGACCUUAA